AUGAGCGCUCCUAAAACAGACAUCAAGAGCAGCCACGACACCCUUGGUCGCGGCGUCUUUGGCACCGACGCCCUCGACAUCACAAAGCUCUUUGACGUCAAGGGUUGGGUUGCUAUCGUCACUGGAGGUGGUACCGGGCUGGGACUCGUCACCGCUGGUGCUCUCGCGAAGAACGGAGCCACCGUGUAUAUCACCGGGCGACGACCCGAGCCUCUUCAGGAAGCGGUCAAGACGGCCUCUCCUACUGAAGGCGCUGGCAAGAUCAUUCCCGUCCAAGCUGACAUGAGUAGUAAAGAAGGUAUACUCAAAUUGAAGGAAGUGAUCGAGAAGGAAGAGAAAUGGGUCAACGUCCUCAUCAACAAUCACGGAGUGUCAUUGGAUGUGCCCAAGAUCAACGAGGCCGAACAGACAGCCCAGGGCAUCGCCAAAAAGAUGUUCGAAGACGAGACUUUUGAAAGCUGGGCAGACGGGCACCGUAUCAACACAGCAUCCUACUACUUUACCACUUUUGCCUUCCUUCCUCUCUUGGAUGCUGCCCAGAAAGUGGGCAAGUAUUCAGAGCCAGGGAAUGUCUUGAACAUCUCGUCAGUCAGCGGGAUAACUAAGACCUCACAAAGAGGACAGUUCAGCUACAAUUCCAACAAAGCGGCCACCAUAUCCCUCUCACACCAACUUGCAACCGAGUUCGCCCGUCGUGGUCUGGGUAUUCGAGUCAACGUGGUGUGCCCCGGCUACUUUCCCUCUGGCAUGUCUCCUGUCGAUGAAAAGUACCUUAAGCCAAGUGAGGAGUUCAAGCAAAAGUAUGGAACUCCUCUCGGAAGGUCUGGGAACGCUCAGGAUUACGCUCAGUGUAUUUUUGGUCUUAUCAAUAACCAAUAUGUCACUGGGGCUGAAGUAGUGAUUGAUGGGGGCUGGCUUCUCGUCCAAGCCUUCUGA